UAAAACAUUAGACCCUGAGGGCAUUCUCUGUGGUCUCUCUCUGCAGGGAAACUGCUUGUGCAUCUCCGCGCAAGAGAAAGGAAAAGUGAACUGUUAUCAGCCGUAGUUGUAGAGGUUCAUAUGCAUCUGGCGUCCAGCUGUGAUGCCGCGACACUGACGGUCCUGCCCCGUCUGUCGAACCGGACCAAUGAUGAUGAUAAUGAAGAUGAUGAUUUCCACACGGCGCGUGUAGCGCCAAAUUCACUACGAGACACUUCAGUCUGAUCGGUGCUCAUUCAAACUUCAGAUGGACUACUUUCACUCUUCACUGACCAGUAAAAUGAAUUGGAUCACACUCCUGCUGGCCGGCUUGACUUUUUGGGGCAAAGUGUCCAUGCACAGUUGCUUAGAUUACGAUGACAGCUAUGAUUAUUAUGAAGAGGAGAAAACAGAGACGAUAGAUUACAAGGAUCCGUGCAAAGCUGCUGUAUUUUGGGGAGAUAUUGCCUUGGAUGAGGAAGAUUUGAAAAUGUUUCAGAUUGAUGGGACGAUAGAGCUCUCAAAGCAGUCACAUGGAAGACAGGGGCACACAUCUGGUGGUCUUGGAGAACAUAAUCCUAGCAAGAAGAGAGGCUCAUUAUAUCUGUUGCUGGACAGAAUACGACGUUUAGGCUUCGAGUCGUGGCCGGUGAACAGCAGUAAAGAUGUGCCAAAAUCUAAGGCUGGAGGUAGAAGUGUAAACAGCGGCAAAGGUAUGAAGUCUCGAGUGCCACGCGCUGCCACAUCCCGAGCAGAGAAGAUCUGGCCCGGAGGAGUCAUCCCUUACGUCAUAGGAGGAAACUUCACUGGAAGUCAGAGGGCCAUGUUAAAACAAGCAAUGAGACACUGGGAGAAACAAACGUGUGUGACUUUCAUUGAGAAAACUGAUGAGGAGAGCUACAUUGUCUUCACCUACAGACCCUGCGGGUGUUGCUCCUACGUUGGGCGUCGUGGCAAUGGUCCCCAGGCAAUAUCCAUUGGGAAGAACUGUGACAAGUUUGGCAUUGUUGUUCACGAACUUGGGCAUGUAAUUGGCUUUUGGCACGAGCACACGCGACCUGACCGUGAUGAUCAUGUGACCAUCAUCAGAGACAACAUUCAAGCAGGUCAGGAGUAUAACUUUAUCAAGAUGGAAUCAGGGGAUGUCAACUCUCUUGGUGAGCCAUAUGAUUUUGACAGCAUCAUGCAUUAUGCCAGAAACACUUUCUCCAGAGGAAUGUUUUUGGACACGAUUCUUCCCUCUCGUGAUGAGAACGGCGUCAGGCCUGCAAUUGGUCAGAGAACUAGACUCAGCAAAGGAGACAUAUCACAGGCCAAGAAGCUGUACAGAUGCCCAGCCUGUGGUGAAACACUGCAGGACUCAGUGGGUAAUUUCUCGUCUCCUGGAUACCCCAAUGGAUACCCGUCAUACACACACUGUGUAUGGAGAAUCUCUGUCACACCUGGGGAGAAGAUAGUGUUAAACUUCACCACUAUGGACCUGUACAAGAGUAGCCUGUGCUGGUAUGACUACAUCGAGGUUCGUGAUGGAUACUGGAGAAAAGCGCCACUGCUAGGUCGUUUCUGUGGUGAUAAAAUUCCUGAGGUUUUGAUCUCUACAGAUAGUCGGAUGUGGAUUGAGUUCCGCAGUAGCAGCAACUGGGUUGGAAAGGGAUUCGCAGCAGCCUAUGAAGCGAUAUGUGGAGGGGAGAUCGAUAAGGACUCUGGACAGAUUCAGUCUCCAAACUAUCCAGACGACUACCGUCCAUCUAAAGAGUGUGUGUGGAGGAUCACGGUGUCUGAGGGCCACACCGUGGGCUUGAGCUUUCAGGUCUUUGAGAUCGAGAGGCAUGACAGCUGUGCAUAUGACUACCUAGAAGUUAGAGACGGUUUGUCUGAGACCAGCCCUCUGAUUGGUCGAUUCUGUGGCUAUGAUAAACCUGAAGAUAUUCGAUCCACUUCCAACACCCUCUGGAUGAAAUUCGUCUCUGAUGGGACUGUUAAUAAAGCAGGCUUUGCUGCAAACUUCUUCAAAGAGGAGGACGAGUGUCUGAAACCAGAUAACGGGGGCUGUGAGCAGAGAUGUGUGAACACAUUAGGAAGCUUUAAGUGUGCCUGUGAUCCUGGAUAUGAACUGGCCCCUGACAAAAAGAGCUGUGAAGCUGCAUGUGGAGGUUUGUUAACUAAGUUGAACGGCACAAUUACCACCCCCGGCUGGCCUAAGGAAUACCCUGCCAAUAAGAACUGUGUAUGGCAAGUGGUAGCCCCAACUCAAUACCGCAUAUCUAUGCAAUUUGAAGCCUUUGAACUAGAGGGAAAUGAGGUGUGCAAGUAUGAUUUUGUUGAGGUGCGGAGCGGCUUGUCAUCUGACUCAAAGCUUCAUGGGAAAUACUGCGGUACGGAAGUUCCCGAGGUCAUCACCUCCCAGUACAACAACAUCCGAAUCGAGUUCAAAUCAGACAACACUGUCUCCAAGAAAGGCUUCAAAGCCCACUUCUUCUCCGAUAAAGAUGAAUGUUCGAAGGAUAACGGUGGAUGCCAGCAUGAGUGUAUCAACACUAUUGGCAGCUAUGUGUGCCAGUGCCGCAAUGGCUUUAUACUGCACGAGAACAAACACGACUGCAAGGAAGCUGAGUGUGAGCACAAGAUCCACAGCACGAGUGGAACCAUCAGUAGUCCGAAUUGGCCUGACAAGUACCCCAGUAGGAAAGAGUGCACCUGGGACAUCACCGCCACCCCUGGCCACCGUGUUAAACUCUCUUUUAAUGAGUUUGAGAUCGAACAGCACCAGGAAUGUGCAUAUGAUCACCUGGAGGCCUUUGAUGGUGACUCAGACAAGGAGCCCAUCCUGAGCCGUCUGUGUGGCAGUAAGAUUCCAGAACCGCUCAUCUCCACGGGCAACAAGAUGUACCUGCAUUUCAUCUCUGAUGCCUCAGUGCAGCGGAAAGGCUUUCAGGCCACUCAUUCCACUGAGUGUGGCAGCAGGCUGAAAGCAGAAGCACGGCAGAAGAACCUGUAUUCUCAUGCUCAGUUUGGGGAUAAUAACUAUCCCGGCCACACCGACUGUGAGUGGCUCAUAAUGGCAGAGUCAGGUUAUGGCAUAGAGCUCACCUUCACUACCUUUGAGGUAGAGGAGGAAGCCGACUGCGGGUAUGACUACAUCGAACUUUACGAUGGCUACGACACCGGAGCGCACAAACUCGGACGCUUUUGUGGAUCUGGGCCUCAUGAGGAGCUUUACUCUGCUGGCGAUGCCGUGUUGAUCCAUUUCCACACUGAUGACACAAUCAGUAAGAAAGGCUUCCAUAUUCGCUACACUAGUACAAAGUUCCAGGAGGCAUUACAUACACGCAAGUAACAGCUUCCCCAAAGAUGAGAGAGACUCGAAAGGGACUGACGACAAAGGAAUGAUGUGUUACAACACAAAGGAGAAAACGGACUCCAGAAAACUAAUAAAACUAUCGAUUGAUUUCUGUCAAUCAAAGACCCUCCCAUGAUGUAAUUCCUGCAUUGGAUUUGCCUCUUUGUAACUUAUGCUCAGCUCAAUGGAAGUGCUGUCAUUUUGACUCUAAACACCAAUCAGCUGCUCUUAUUUAUGGGGUAGCUUUGCCCACUGGAGCACAGAGAUACUCUGCAUAGGACCAUGGUGACCUGCACUCUCUUACUGGACCAGUACAUUAAAUCCCUCCUAUGAUCUAUGAAACAACAUCCCCCCGAAAUACACACAUAUACACUCACAUACAAGAACUGGUUUUGUUGGCUCCCUGUUCUUCAGACAAAAAAAAGUGAUAUAUAGAUGCGAUGGAAAAUUAAGCUAUAGAACUAAUGUGUGCGUGUUUGCAUGUGUUGUGACGUUCUAAAAAACAUGGAUAGUCUGGCUGCUGAUGCUGCACCACACUGUACCUCAACUAAUGUGUGUGUGUGUUUGUGUGUGUGUGUGUGUGUGUGUGGGCAAGUUUUAGUGGUUUAUGAGGACUUUUUUUUUAGGUUACAAACUGGUAAUUACAAGGGUAUUAUGCUAUAAAUGUGGUUUAUGAAGACAUUUCUAGUGUUCCCAUAAUUCAAAUCACUUAAAAAACAUACUAAAUGAUGUUUUAUUGAAAAUGUAAAAAUGCAAAAAGUUUUCUGUGAGGGUUAGGUUUAGGGGAUAGAAUCUAUAGUUUGUACAGUAUAAAAAUCAUUAUGUCUAUGGAGAGUCCUCAUAAUGAUAGCUGCACCAACAUGUGUGUGUGUGUGUGUGUUUGAGUGAGAGAGAGAGAUUGAGAGAAAGAUGACUGAGGCCUUCAAAUACCAGCCUGUUGAUCAGAACUCAUUCAAGUGUUUUUUUAUUAUUAUUAUUUGGCUAUAAUUUUACAGUUGUUCUGUAUGGCAAAAACUAUUUUCUUUCCAUCAAAAGUGCAAAAGUUCAAGGCAUUCAAGAAUUAAAAUGGACACUAAUCAGUGAUGUGUAGCCCUAUUUCACAAUAAGCUUCCUUUCAUACUGUAUACUGUAUGUAGCCUAUUGUUUAUGUCUGCUGUGACAGACAUAAGCAAUUCAAAGUGAGUUUGCACUUUAAGAUAAUAUCAUGUGCUCUACUCAUGUUGAAUAACCAUGUUAAGAAGGAUGGAUGUUUGAUUUCUGUAUUAUUUGUUUUGUGUAUGCGAAAGGUAUAUACUUCAUUUUUCCAUUGGUGAAGCCAAUGUUUUUUCCUCUUAUUUGCAGUAACAGCUCCUGGAUAAAAAAAUAUGAACAUAAAACAUCCUGUAAACAGGAAAUGAUGGCAUAAAGCUUUGCAUAAUACUGUAUGUCUGUUACAGCUGUGACAACUGACUACAACCACCUUAACCAUGUGCGCUUUAAAUGCACUUAUAACAGAUUAUAAAUAAGAUGGUAUGGAACUGUGUGCUUUAAUUAAAUUCUCCAAUUAUGUUAAUGAAUUUUACUUCAAAUGAACCCAUGAGCAGUACCAAUGGAGCAGCACUGGAGUAAAAAGACUCACUCAAAAUGGAAACUUCACAGACUUAUUGCAAGGGAAUGUUCUCUGAUGCUACAUUCCCAGUACGAUUUCUCUGUGUCGGAACCUUUCCCUGCUUGGAAAACAACACAGAUGGCAAAACAAUCGCUGUUGAAGGGAAUUCUUAUGGUGCUAUUCAGUGUCUCAAAAAAAUAAAUAAAAAAUGCCCCAAUCAUUCAGUGAAUGUGUUGGUGCAAUGGAGAGGCAACACUGAAAUAAUGUUGCUUAUUAACAGAAAGAACAUUGAAAAACGUCUCACAGCACUGACAGCACUAGUGUUGUGGAGUAAACAUUAUUGCCUUAGAACCAAAAUGUACAUUCUUGCACAUGAUGUUUCCGUAGAUAAAUGUUGUUGUUGUUGUUUUUGAAAUUAUUAUUAUAUUUUAUUUGAUAUUAAGUUUAAAUAAUUUUUUUAUGUUAAAAAAAGAGGCUUAAAUGGACUAACCUGAAGUUGUCCCCUUUUGUCCAGUUUAACACACAAACAUCCCUCCUCAAACACCAGAUUUUAAUGCUUUAAAGUCUGCAGUUAGACUCUGCGUGAACUGUGAUGAUAUGUGUGCAUCUGUUUGUCUGAGAUUGAGUGUUAGACAGUCACAGCACAGGUCACGUGACUCUGCUGUGCGUGUUUCUGUAUGUGCCAAGCUCCUGUUAAGUAACCUCUUGAUGAACUAUGACAUGACAAUGUGACACAUGAUUUUAUUUUCCUGUUUCAGUGUCAGCCUAAUUAAAAAAGGACACUGCGCUGUCAACAGUGAUUAAAUUCAUUUCAGGUCAACAA